UGCACGUGGUAGCGUUGAAAAUCGUUUAUCUGUUUAUUGUACAAUUGCAUACUUAUAAGAGAAAAAAGAAUAUACGGAUUACAAUGGCAACAGACAAGGUUAUAACCGAAGAAGUUACAGCAAGUAUUUCGUCCAACGAAUCUAAGGAACAAAUAUCAAAGAAUGAUGAUAAUGCAAAUGUCCUACCUUUGAAAGAGGUAGAAAUGAAAUCUUAUAGAAGUAAAGAUAAAGAGUCAUCAAGCGAAGAAAGUAGCGAAGAAAGUAGUAGUGAAGAUGAACCUAGUAUUAAAACUGAACCACCUACUCCUAAAAAUAAUAAUAAUGAUAAAAAUAUACAACAUAUGGGAAUCAGAAAGAAAAGAGGCAUUAAAAGUGAAUGCGAGAACUUACCACCUGUAGAAGAUAUAAAAAUUAGUAUGCCUGAAGUAUUAUGUGAUCCAGUAGGAAAGAUAAUAAGGGUUGAAAAAGUGUCAGAAUAUUUGAAAAGAAGAUGGAAGGAAGAAACGUGGAAUGAGCUGGCGAGGUACAGACUAGGAAACGAAAUGAGGAGGAGGGGAUACUGGGAGGAAGAAGAUGAUAGACGGUGCAGAAGAUGCGGAGGCGAAACAGAAACAAGGGAAGGAUACAGGGGAAGAUAA